GACAGGUUGCCACGUUUCCUUUACAAUCUUAUAUUAUGUUCAGAGAAAAAGUAUAAUUGCGUACUUUUUUUCCGACAAUAUUCAAUAGAAUUAUAUAAAGUGAUCCUUAUGAGAUAUGCUUCCUCUACAUUCUAAAGAUGGCGUUAAAAGUGAUGAUUUUAAACCAGGAAUAAAGAUCAGAUCAAAGCUCGCGACCUGGGUUAGGCAAAUUCUAUCCGAUAAAGGUUCAAGAAAUUUGUUUUGUUUUCUUCUUCUUAACUUAUCUUUCGCGUUCGUUGAACUUGCUUACGGGAUAUGGACGAACAGUCUUGGGCUUAUAUCAGAUUCAUUUCAUAUGUUCUUUGAUUGUACUGCAUUACUGGCUGGCUUGAUUGCAACUGUUAUAUCACGGUGGAAGAAAAAUGAAACAUUUUCCUAUGGGUAUGUAAGAGCAGAGGUGUUAGCAGGAUUUGUGAAUGCCCUAUUCCUUCUAUUCAUUGGAUUUUUCAUUCUUUCUGAGGCAGUUGAGAGGUUGUUUCAUCCUCCCCAUGUUGAGCAUGAGAGAUUAUUUGUGAUCUCUGUCCUUGGAUUCCUGGUAAAUUUAGUUGGUAUCUUUGUUUUCCAUCAUGGUGGAGGAAGUCAUGGUCACUCACAUGGUGGGGGAAGUCAUGGUCAUUCACAUGGAAAAUCUCAUGGUCACUCGCAUGGUGGUCAUAGUGGACAUGGUCAUGAUGGUGGUCAUGGUCAUGAUGGUGGUCAUGGUCAUGGUCAUGGUCAUGGUCAUUCACAUGGUCAUGAUGAGCAUGAACAUUCUGCCAGUAAUGCUAGUCAUCAUGGUCAUUCACAUGGCUUAGGAUUUGGAGGCUCAUGCGAUCAGGAAGAUGUUCCCUCUGCAAAUAAUCAAAUUAUGCAGGGUGUUUUUCUUCAUGUAUUGGCUGACACAUUAGGAAGUGUAGGUGUUAUUAUAUCAGCUGGACUGAUACAAAUGUUUGGAUGGAUGAUGGCAGAUCCAAUAUGUUCAUUAUUUAUAGCUGUAUUGAUAACAAUCAGUGUAGUACCUCUUUUGAGAGAAUCAGUUGGUAUAUUAAUGCAAAGAAUUCCUACUGGAUUAGAAAAGAAUUUACAUAUUGGAUAUCAAAGAGUUAAUCAAAUAGAGGGUGUUUACAGUAUACAGGAUCCUCAUUUUUGGACGUUAUGUAGUGAUAACUGGGUUGGAAAUUUAAGAUUAUUUGUAGCGCCCAACUCGGAUACACAAAGAAUAUUAAGUCAAUGUCAUAAUAUAUUUUCUCAGCUUGGCGUGAAGCAACUGUAUGUCCAAGUUGAAUAUUCGUCUUAGUAAACUGGAAAUUCAGAAAAUUAUGAAAGACGAUGAAAAAAGAUUUAAAUUACGGACAACCUCGUGAAAGUGGUAGAGGCAUUUGUACAAAGUCAAAGACUGAGUAGAAUAUUCUUUAUAACACGUAACCUUGCACAUUGGUAUUCUCGAGAAUGGACGUGGAAAUUGGAAAAUGCAGUGUGUGUACUAUUCCAUCCAUUGCAAACACUUUUGGGGAUAUAUUUGGUUAGGUUAUAUAUAGGUUUUUUAAUGACGUUUUGCGAGUGGAAAUAUAUGUAAAAUAUACGUUGAAAUGUUUCAAAUAAAAGGCA